CACUCAAACCCAAGCCUCCCAUUCGCUCCUUCUCCAGAAGUCUCUGCGUGUGAAAUGCGGACUGCUCUCAGAAACUCCAGCCACGAAUCCCUCCUCUCAUGGGCUCUCUCACUAUAAGCUCCACUGUUACCUCUCUCAAUCUCAUCCCCACAACCCACAAUAAUAACUACCUCGUCUUCAAAUUCUCAUAUCGCAAUAAGUUCAAAAGCUCUCCAGUUUGCUUCUCCUGUAACACCCCUUCGAAUCCAAUAAACCCAAGAUCAAGAUUCAGUAAUGUUAGGUUUAAUCUUAACCCAUUAGUGUUUGUGAUUCCAAUAUUGCAAAACAUCAAAGGUAUAGCUUAUAGACAAACCAAGAGAUGGGUCUCGCAGUUACAUGCGUACUCUGCCGAAGCAGAGACUGCACUGAACGAGUACAGCGGCAGUUGCUUGCAAAACGGGACGUUUGGGGUUGCGUUGUUGAGUGUGACGACGAAUGCUAAGGUCCGGAUUAGCCCCUUCGUGGCGACGUUGGCUGCGAACCCGACGUUCGUAUCGGGGCUAGUGGCAUGGAUGGCGGCGCAAUCGAUAAAGAUUAUAUUGAAUUUCUUUGUCGAGAGAAAAUGGGAUUUGAGAUUACUCUUUGCCUCUGGAGGAAUGCCUUCCUCGCAUUCCGCUUUGUGUACGGCUUUGACGACGUCAGUGGCGCUUUGUCAUGGAGUGGCCGAUUCCUUGUUUCCAGUGUGUUUAGGGUUUAGCUUGAUUGUUAUGUACGAUGCUAUUGGAGUAAGGCGGCAUGCUGGAAUGCAAGCCGAGGUGCUCAACGUGAUCAUUGAGGACUUGUUUCAGGGGCACCCUAUCAGUCAAAGAAAGCUCAAAGAGCUUCUCGGUCACACCCCAUCACAAGUUCUCGCCGGAGCUUUGCUUGGCAUGAUAAUCGCUUAUAUGUGCUGUCAAGGUUGCUUAGCUGCAACCUGAGGAGCUGCUUAUCCAGCAUUCUUGUAUGUCACAAUAAGUCUCAUUUCUCAACUACCCUGCUUUGUUUCUAUGGACUGCAGAGAGAGUUAUUGCCAUUCCAUGAUUUGACUCUCUUUCUUCUAAAAAUCUUUCGCCACCAUGUGUUAAUUGGUCCGGCUGUAUAGACUAUUAUUAAGAAAAAAACUAGCUGUCUCGCUUCCCUCUACACUUUCCAAACAAAAAUUUCCAGAGGAAGGGGAAGGGGUGGAGGACAUUGUCGAGCCUCUUGCCUUUCUUCUUCCUCCACAGAUGUAGAUCUACUCUCAUAUCUUUGUUUUGUGUUGAAGAAAGUUAUGAUCCAAGUUUUCUUUCA